AUGUCUGAGAUAAUCAAGACUGUUAGCAUCCCCAACAUUGCUUGGGAGACAGCCGCCGACAUUCACUUCCCGCCCAAUUUCGAUGAGAACAAAAAGUAUCCCGCGGUCGUAUGCGCCCAUCCGAUUGGAUCAUGCAAAGAACAAACUUCAGGCAAUAUUUAUGGAAAAGCAAUAGCAGAGGCAGGUUUCGUUGUUGUCGCCUUUGACGCAUCUUUCCAGGGCUCCUCUGGUGGCAAGCCUCGCUUUAUCGAAGAUCCAGAGUUCCGCGUCUCUGACUUCCGUUUCGUCGUCGACCAUAUUCAGACUCUGCCCUAUGUGGACGCUGAUCGCAUUGGCGUGCUUGGUAUCUGUGGCGGAGGAGGCUAUGCUAUCAAUGCUGCCAUGACGGAUUACCGUUUCAAGUGUUGUGUUGGUAUUACGCCUGUCAAUUUUGGCCGUCUCUCCCGUGAAGGUUUCGCCUGUUUCGAUCCGGUUGGCGCUCUUGAAAAGAUGGCUGCUCAGCGUACCGCCGAAGCUCAAGGCAGAGAGCGACUAGUGAUCAACUACCUCCCAUCAACGGUUGAAGAUGCCAAUAAAGCAACUAGCGAUAUAGAUAUUAUCGAGGCCACCGAAUACUACAAAACUAACCGGGGUGAAGCGCCCAAUGGAUGUACCAGCGGACUUUUCUCAUUCAACAGCGCAGCCCUCGCAUGGGAUGCAUUUAACCAUGCAGAGGUGCUCAUGAAUCGACCUCUGAUGGUCGUAGUUGGUGAAAAGCCAGGAGGAUUUGGCGCUUACCGAGAUGCUCAUGAGAUUCACGGCCGGGCAGCCUCUAAGGAGAAGCACAUUGUAGUCCUUCCUGGUGUUUCACAUUAUAUGCUGUACGACAAGCCCGAGGCCGUUAAGCCGGCGCUUGAGCAAUUGCUGCCUUUCUUGAAGAAGCACCUCGGCGAUGCCAAAUAG